AUGAUGGGUGGUGCGGAGCAUGACGGCGGUGGAGGAGGCAGCGAAGCAGACAAGCGCACAUUGUGGGUGGGCGAUAUCGACCGAUGGAUGGAUGAAAACUACAUAGUAGCACUGUUCGGAUCAGCUGCCGAGGUGGCCAACGUCAAAAUCAUUCGGGACAAAAUGACGGGGCUGCCGGCUGGCUACGGUUUCGUAGAAUUCAAGUCUCACGAGGGUGCUGCGCGGGUCCUCAACGAUUUCAACAACGUGCCCAUCCCCGGUGUCGGGCGUUCCUUCGCCUGA